CGCACGCGCGCUUCGGAUGCGCGAGCGCCGGCGUGAAGUUGUUCGUGUAUAAAAUUGUCGUCCGAAGAAGGAACGAUUUUUCGUUGAGAUCGAAGUUAGAGAGGGUCUAAAAGAUUAUUACACGUACUUGUUGCAAGCAGAGAAAGAGAAAGAGAGAGAGAGCAGAGCUCUAGAUGGAGAAAGAUAUAUUUAUUUAUACGAAAAGAAAGAUGGCGAUUAUCGGAUAUGCUGUAAAGGGGAAUGCUCUUUUUCGUCCUUGUACAUUGGUUACACGUAACUUUGUUGUUUUCGUCAAUAUUAUGCUAUCACCGAGACAUUCCGGGCCGGACUUUCUCUUCCCUCUUCCUCGAGAUGCGAGGUUACAGGCAGGAAAUUGCACGGAUGAAAGAUGAGGAAAAAGAUGUUUUAUAUUAUUGGAACUAAACAAUGCAAUCAAAGAAUAUCUUACAUAUGAGUGAAGGAAAACUCAGAAAAUAUUACUCUCUGACACGCAUACCGUAUAUGUCGUAAUAUUUCUACAAACAUCAUCAUCAUUAUAUGGACUCCGUCCACUUUCCACAUCCCUUGAUUUUGCGGCCAUGGCUGAUGGUUGGAUAAAGGAUAAAAUUGUGAAGAAACAAAUAUCGUAAAUCGUGAAGAAACAAGUGAUGAUAGAGAUCAUAAUAUAUAUUUAUUGCAAAACUGUUGAGAAACGAUAUGUGGCUGUUGAUUCAUCUCGAUCUUCGAACUCAGCAAAUCCGACAAUAAUUGGUUGAACAAUCCUGUGCAAAUAAUUAUUCUAUGUGCAAGGAAUAUUUUGCGAGAAUUGGUCCUUGAAAAAAACUAGCAACUGAAGUUAUCAUAAUUAGCAACAUUACGCAAAAUGAGUCGUCGAGGAUGAUGACGCGAAAGUUGAAGCUGACAAAGUAAUAUAUUCUUUUUGGAAAUUGCGAAACCAGCAACACCGCUUAUCGCGGGUAUUAAUUCUGAUCUCGCCAAAGAUAACGCAGUGGUUUUCCUUUGAACUUGAAUAAGGAAAGAAAUAUUCGCAUAUAUUCGCGAAUAAUAUUCGCGAACGAGUGUAUCAUCGAAUUUUCACGGUGUUUUUUUCGUGUUUUCGUAACACAAGAUUUAUAUCGACGAUGAAUCAAUUAAUCGAGCAUAGUGUCACGUCAGGAUAAGCUCCAGGAAUGUUAAUUAUUACACAUAUUUCCGAUAUCGAUUUAUCAACAGCUGUGAUUUCAAAACAAUGAGUUAGUGAUAGUUAGUGAUAUCUUAUCGUUAAAAAAGUGACUGUGAAUUGCGGAAAAUUAAUAUUAUGAUUGCAAGUUUUUUUGAUUUAUUUAGAGAAUUUGAUUUCGUAGAUAGAUUCGAUAGAAUAAGCUGUCUAGUUCGGAGAAACAGACCAGUUUUAUAUUUUCCAUCUUUAUGUCAAAAUAUCACAUCGCACACAAAAGAUGUCCGGAAAUUGUGGAACACCCUAUAUACCGCGCAUUCUUGCCUCAUCGACGAGUUUCGGCUAAUGAGUGGAAAGUCCACUGACGAAUUCUGAUGCGCUCGGGAAAAACUGUAUGGGACAUACAGUUAUUGGCCGCGUGAACUCGAGUGGGGAAGACUGCUAAGCUGAAAUACAGUAUAUCAUCGUCCUAAUGACAGCAUUAUCCUCCGUAUACCUCCCAGGUGAAGUACCAGGAAACCCCUCUACGCGCUUGACCUCUCUCCUGUAUCAAUAUAGACAGAAUGAGAAUGAUAAUCUGGAACUUGUUACCUCUUCUGCUUCAACUGAUCGUUCACGAAAGCCGAUCAGAGACAAUAAUAACGGCGCAUGAUGACUUUGGUUUGUCUCCUAUCGAUCCAGAAAUUGCUGAAGACGUCGACUGGAGACGUCACGCGUGUCGGCGAACCUGCAAGGAUGGCGCGGCACCCCUGGACUGUUACUACACUUUUAAGCUAGAGUCCUAUUUCGCGAUGAGCAAAGCUUGUUACGACUGUCCCUUCAAUAUUACGGACUGCUUCCGGCCUCACUGCAUCCCGGCUGAUGGCAUAAAGCGAGCUCUUACGGUCGUGAACAGGAAAAUGCCAGGUCCGCCGAUCGAAGUGUGCCAAGGUGACAGGAUAAUAGUCGAUAUGAUCAACAUGUUGCACUCUGAAGGCACCACGAUGCACUGGCACGGACAGCAUCAUCUCAGCACGCCUUAUAUGGACGGUGUACCCUACGUAUCGCAAUGUCCCAUCCCUCCUGGGGCGACUUUCAGGUACAAUUAUACCGCCAGCGAAGCCGGGACGCACUUCUGGCACUCGCAUAUAGGCUUUCAAAGAGGAGACGGCGUGUUCGGGUCGUUGAUCGUUCGUGUACCACCUAAAGUCGAUUGGCACAAGGAUCUGUAUGACUAUGAUGAGCAUACGGUGGUGAUCACCGAUUGGAUUCACGAGCUGGGUGUUAGCAAAUUCUUGGGUCACCAUCACAUGGACAGUCCUAACAAACCGCCUAGCAUACUUGUAAACGGUCUGGGUCGUUUCGCCACUUUCGAGGGUAAAAACGAGACACUGGCCGAUAUGCCUGUUUCGACGUUUAUCGUAAAACCGAAUUUUCGAUACAGAUUCAGGCUUAUUAACGCGGAAUUCCUGAACUGUCCUAUAGAAGUUUCUGUCGACAAUCAUACUUUAUACGUGAUCAGCUCAGACGGACGUGAUAUUGAACCGAUACAAGCCGAGUCGCUGGUGAGUUACGCCGGCGAGAGGUUCGAUUUCUUAAUUGAGAUGAACCAACCGGUGGACAACUAUUGGAUGAGAUUUCGAGGACUGAUGGAUUGCGACGAGAGAUUUUUUGGUGUCUACCAAGUCGGGCUACUUCGAUACGAAGGAGCGUCCGAAGAGGAGCCGAUGGUGGAAGUUACAUAUAAUCGCACGCGAAAUGAUUCUUACGGAUUACAAGUGAACGCUCUGAAUGAAGGAACCGAAACGAAUAGUAGCAUCAGUAUCCCGAUGCUGAUCGCGAUGGACGACGAUGACGCGUCGAAUACCAAAGAACCGGAUUAUCAAUUCUACAUAUCGUAUGAUUUAUACCAGAAAGAUAACCCGCACUUUCACCGCAAGGGUCUAUAUGGCUAUUGGCAAGUGAAGAAUAGGAAGAAGCAAGUGUCCACACCACAAUUAAAUCACAUAUCACUGAAGCUGCCUCCAUAUCCACUUCUGCCCGAAAGAAACCUUAUUAAACCGGAUCAGUUCUGCAAUUCCAGCACAGUCGAGGGAUGUGAGAAUGAUUACUGUGCCUGCACUCAUGUACUUCAGGUGAAACUCAACAGUGUAGUGGAAUUGGUUCUGAUCGACGAAGGUGUUCAGUAUGAUGCGAAUCAUCCGUUUCAUCUUCAUGGUUAUCAGUUCCGCGUUGUGGCAAUGGAGAGGAUAGGACGCACCGCCACGGUCGCCGAAGUGAAGGAAUUAGACAGGCAAGGUUUGAUAAACAGAAGAUUCACACGGGCACCUCUGAAGGACACGGUGACCGUGCCUGAUGGUGGUUACACCAUCGUGCGAUUUUACGCCGAUAAUCCAGGAUACUGGUUGUUUCAUUGUCAUAUUGAAUUUCACGCGGAGAUAGGUAUGGCCCUGAUCUUCAAGGUGGGCGAACACGAGGAUAUGCCACCGGUGCCUCGUAAUUUUCCUAAAUGCGGCGACUGGAAAAUGACGGAUGAUCAUCAGAACGUAGGUGAUUCAGGAACCUCUACUGUUUCAACAACGAUUGGAAAAGAGGAAUCGAAGGAUGACCGUUUCGUGAAUACACUAGAGAGUAUCUCGAGAUACAUGGGGCAUCUUGAGCAACUCCUGAAAUUACAAAUGACAUCUUCGGCGUCCAGUUCGAGUGUGACGUUGUUACUUUUUGUCGUUUGCUUUCUGACUUCUGUAAUGCAUGCGCGCUCUUUAUGACAGAUGUAUUUGUGUAUAUUAUAAAUAGUAAGAGCAGAUUCUAAAGAGCUGCCAAGAGCGAAAGAAAAUGUAUAAAUGGACUAAAAUACGACGUAUUUUUUCAUCGUAAUUAAGUAUUAAUAUUCACGUGAAAAUAUUAAUAUUUAUAAAAAGUAUGUACUUGCGCUUUUUAUUAUCGAUAAUUAUCAGAUAUUUUACGAUAAUCACAAUCACACGAAGCUGAUAAAUUUUAGAUAUUUUGUAAAUAUACUUUGCGAUUACAUUGUACAAUUAAUCUAAAAUAAGCGACAUUACAUAUAUCAGCAAAUGACUUAUAUUACUGUGAUAUACAAGUAUAUUAUAAUUAUUUUAUUGUUAAUAAUCUAUUGACUAUGCUACUUGGCAAUGCAACAAAAUGCAUUUUACUUCGAUAAUCAUGUUAUUUUCAUUGACGAAUCGAUUUCGUUUGUGGAAUAAAUUUUUAUUAAGCUAUGCGUAAAUUACAGUUUUCGCGUAAUUUGAGAUAAAAAAAUACUUGUGCGAGUUAAAUUUCAGAAGAAAGAUAUAGAUAUUUUCUUAAGCACCGAUUAUAUUAAAAUAAUUUAAGAAAUAAAAAAACGUAUAUUUUAAUUGAAAAGAAAUUAACUGAACAUUGAACUAUAUGAGUUAAUUUAAAAACUGUCAUUAAAGAAUAAUCCGAACAAAAACAGGACAUUUUGUAAAUUAUUGCGAAAGAUGCAUUAUUGUAAUUAUGUCAUGCAAUCUCACACAUAUCUACAUAUUGUACAUUUAUACAAUAUAGCGUUCAUUCUAAUUAGAUAUAAUUGAUAGAAGAUUUAUAAUCACAUAUUAUCAGAAUGAAUGUAUGUUUUUUUGCCCGAAUGUAUGUAUUUGUCUAUAUAUAUAUAUUUUCAUAGUUUUAAAUAGGAUAAUAUUAAAAAAACUUUCAUUUAAAAGUUGUUGAUAUUUUGAUGCUCUCGUUAAAAGUCGACGCGUUUUGUAAUAUUUAUAGAAAUAAUUAUAGUGUACAUAUUUAGUCUUUGUUGUAUUGUAAUGUAAACCCAUACGGAAAGAAUUUUUCGUUAUAU